UUCGCGGACGCGUCUGAGCAGCUGAUGCUGUUUCCCGUGACCCGCCGUCUCUAUUGUAUAUGUGUGACUCCACAGGCCAGUGCCUCGACUAACUAUCAUGGACAGAUUUUUCAUGUAUUUCUGGAUGGUAUCAGAGGACAACCCCGGACUCUCUGAAGACGCAUGAGAUAGACGUGUAAAGUCAUGGAUUUCCCAGGACAUUUUGAGCAGAUCUUCCAGCAGCUGAACUACCAGCGGCUGCAUGGACAGCUGUGUGACUGCGUGAUCAUGGUUGGCAGCCGUCAUUUCAAGGCCCACCGUGCUGUGCUGUCCGCCUGCAGUACGCAUUUCCGAGCAUUGUUUACUGCUGCCGAGGGAGACGCCAGUACAAGGAUGAUCCAUCUGGACUCGGAAGUGGUGACGGCUGAAGCGUUUGCUGCACUGAUUGACAUGAUGUACACAUCCACACUGAUGCUAGGAGAGAGUAACGUCAUGGAUGUCUUGCUGGCCGCUUCUCAUCUGCAUCUAAACACUGUGGUGAAAGCUUGUAAGCACUACCUUACAACUCGCACUCUACCCAUGUCUCCCCCGGCAGAUCGUGGUGGUCAGCCGCAACAAGCAGCAGCAGCAGCUGCCAACUCUCAUCUCCAGCGCUCAUUUCUGCUGCAACAGCUCGGCCUGAGCCUGGUCAGUUCUGCCCUGAGUGGGGCUGAAGAUGGGGGAACAGGGACCGGGAGGAGAACGGGUUCAGCGUGCGCUAGCGGGUUGGUGGAUCAGCACGGUUCUCACCCGACACGCCGUUUCCUGAAGCGCAAACAGCCCUUGUCCCUGAUCGCUUCGCGCUUUAGUCAGUCUAGUCACUUGUACAAGCACUCAAAAACAACCUGCUUACGAUGGCAGAGCAGCGAUAUGUCUAACGCCCUGCUCUAA